GAAUAGCGAGAGAAUAAUUUAGAGGACUUGACCAGACAAGCUCUAACUCAUUCGUACAACAAUUUACAAAAUUUAUGCAGGUACAUACAUAUAAGUGCCCACAAUUAGAUGAACCAAAUGACUGGUAACCAAACAGUCAAACACCUCCUACCUUCACGAAUCACAAAAAUGCCUCUUAUUCACUUUACACUUGUACCCUUUACCACACACACAUUACUCUUCUUCUCAGAUCACUUUCCGGCGGUCUCAGUUCCAUCGUAAAACUACAACUGUACGACAGAAUUAUCUGCAAAAAAUCAUCAGAAAUCACCAAAUGCACAUUCCGAUUUGAUUUCCGUUACAAAUAAUGGAGAGAAAAGACGAUGAAGAAGAUGAUGAUCAAGAGAACCUGGUCGCGCAAAGCGAACCGAUGCGUGCGGCAUUUCAAAUGGAGGACGUCAAUGAUGAAAGAGUGAACACUCGCGGCUUCAAUUUCAGCUUCAAUAAGUGGUGUAUCUUAGCAAUUGUGGUUCCAGUAGUCAUAAUCACCUUCUACUUAACCACCGAUGUAGAUAGCCUCUUCAGAAUUGAAGUUAUGAAAGGUAAUUACGAUGUUUCGGUUAACAGCAUGCGGGAAUCGGAGUUUCAGGCUCUGUAUCUGCUUAGACAGCAAGAAUUGGGGCUAUCCAAGCUCUGGAGCAGCACAUUGCUUGAUAAUUCUUCAGAUUCUACGCCCGCAUUCUCUUCUGUGCUGUUUGAAGAAUUGAAAUUGGAUUUGCUAAGUCAGAUUUCACUGAAUAAGCAAAUUCAGCAAGCACUGUUGUCGUCUCAUCAGUUAGGUAACUUGUUGAAUGCAUCGGAUAAUGCUACCGAUACUAGUGUAGACGGUUAUGGUGGUUUGCGUAGGUGUAGGAAGGUGGAAUAUAGAUUGUCUGGGAGGAGGACGAUAGAAUGGAAACCGAAGUCUGAUAAGUAUCUGUUUGCAAUUUGUGCAUCAGGGCAGAUGUCGAACCAUUUAAUCUGUUUGGAAAAGCAUAUGUUUUUUGCGGCUUUGCUUAACCGCAUUUUGAUCAUUCCUAGCUCAAAGGUAGAUUAUGAAUUUCGUCGAGUGUUAGAUAUUGGUCAUAUCAACAAAUGCUUGGAGAGAACAGUGGUUGUAACUUUUGAGGAAUUUGCAAAAAGUCGAAAGGGUCAUAUGCACAUAGAUAAGUUUAUUUGCUAUUUCUCUAAGCCGCAACCUUGUUUUCUGGAUGAUGAGCAUGUUAAGAAGUUGAAGUCAUUAGGGGUUUCUAUGAAUAAGCUUGAAGCUGCUUGGGAUGAGGAUGUUAAGAACCCGAAGCCAAGGACUGUCCAAGACAUUAUGACAAAGUUUUCUUUGGAUGAUGAUGUUAUUGCAAUUGGUGAUGUAUUUUUUGCCAAUGUGGAAAAGAAAUGGGUAAUGCAACCUGGUGGCCCUAUUUCGCACAAAUGCAAGACGCUCGUUGAGCCAAGUCGUCUUAUUUUGCUCACUGCCCAGCGUUUCAUCCAAACGUUCUCGGGAGGGAAUUUUAUUGCUCUUCAUUUCCGCAGACAUGGUUUCUUAAAGUUCUGCAAUGCCAAAAAUUCUAGUUGUUUCUACCCUGUUCCUCAAGCUGCGGAUUGUAUUAAUCGUGCGGUUGAGAGGUCCACUGCCCCAGUAGUUUAUCUUUCCACAGAUGCAGCAGAAAGUGAAACUGGUCUACUUCAGUUACUUCUUGUUGUCAAUGGGAAAAAGGUGCCACUUGUUAGAAGGCCCACUCGGAAUUCAAAUGAGAAAUGGGAUGCUUUACUAUACAGACGCGGCCUCGAAGGAGAUCGUCAGGUGGAAGCUAUGCUGGACAAGACCAUUUGUGCUAUGUCUGACGUGUUUAUCGGAUCAAUGGGCUCUACUUUCACGGAGGAUAUCUUACGGCUUAGGAAGGACUGGGGAUCAGCAUCAAAUUGUGAUGAGUAUUUAUGCCAGGGUGAAGUUCCCAACUUCAUUGCAGAUGAUGAAUGAACCCGAUUAAUUGUUCUGACUUUCUUAUCGGGUAACACAUUCGCUACUGAAGCUGGAAGAUUUAGGAGGCCUUUCUAACAAGUUAUCAUCCCUGAGUUGAUUGCCCUACUUACUGGAAAAAUGGAAGCAUUGGCUAAUUUAAGAGUGAUUUCUGUCAAUAUCAAGUAUGUUGCGAAGUAGACUUCGGUUGCGUUUUUAUUGCUGCAGAAGGCAUAUUGGUCUGAUUCUUUUGAUAUCUGAUCUAUGCAUUUACAUUAGCAUAGGGCAAAUAACCAUUCAAGUUAACCAUGGCGUUUUAGUUGUUGAGAUAGAAUGAUUUAGUUUGAUAUUAUGCAUUUGUAGCUUACCAGUGUACAGAAUCCUUGCACUUAACAUUACCUCACAUGUUCAGUCUAUUUACUAAAAUUUACAUAUAUACACAAACUAAAGUUACCUUAUUACAUUAAA